AUGGAGCUGGAGGCGGCCACGCGGCGGUUCCGCCUCUGGUUCCGCGGCCUGCGCUCGCUGCGCCGCGACCUCCGGUCCGCGCGCUGGGACGGCGACGACCCGGCGCAGCUCAGCAAGCUGGUGGACGGCUUCGUGUCCCACUUCUCCGACUACUGCGCGGCGCGCGCCGAGGCGGACCCGGUCUGGACGCUGGCGGCGCCGUGGGCGACCCCCGUGGAGCGCGGCGCCGCCUACUGGCUGGCCGGCUGGCGCCCCACCACGCUGGUCCACAUCCUCUACACGGAGUCCAGCCGCCGCUUCGAGGCGCAGCUCCCGGACCUGCUCCUGGGCGUGCGGUCGGGCAACCUCGGCGACCUCAGCCCGGCGCAGCUGGCGCAGAUCGACGAGCUCCAGCGCCGCACCGUCGCCGAGGAGGACGAGCUGUCGCGGGAGAUGGCGAGCGUGCAGGAGGGCCACGGCGCCGUCGGGGCGGACGGCGAGCUGGACGUGGACGGGCUCGUGGGACGCGUCGGCGCCGUGCUCGCCGGCGCGGACGCGCUGCGGCUGCGCACCAUGAAGCGCGCCGUCGAGAUCCUCGAGCCGGCGCAGGCCGCAGAGCUGCUCGUCGCCGUCGCCGACAUGGAGAUCGGGUUCAGGGAGUUCGGGCUCAGGCACGACGGCGCCGGCUUGGGCCGCGGCGGGUAG